ACAUGCAAGUUUUUAACAUGGAAACAUAUAUUUUUUAAGUCAAAAGAAAAUGGCUGAAAAAGACAAGGGUUUUCAAAUGUUAUUUUCUUAUGAUAAUUUUAUUCACGCUUUUGCUGGAGCAACUGGCAGUGUUGUUGCAAUGACUGCUUUUUAUCCAUUUGAUACAGUUCGAACUCGUUUGCAAGCUGACGACAGCCUAAAAUCAAUGGGGCCGCUCCAGGCUAUGAAACAACUAACAAAGGAAGAAGGAGUUGAUACAUUAUAUCGUGGUUUGUCGCCUGUUCUAAGCAGUUUAUACUGUUCCAAUUUUGUUUAUUUCUAUGUUUUUAAUGGUAUGAAGACAUUAGCAAUUAUAAAAGGAUUAAAGGCAUCUUCUGGAAAAGAUUUGUUAUUUGGAUAUAUAUCAGGAUGCAUCAAUGCACUGGUAACCACCCCUCUAUGGGUGGCAAAUACUCGAUUGAAACUGCAAGGGGUUAAAUCUAGUGAUAAUUCUCAACAAAAUGUAAAAAGGACUGAACUAAAAGGAUUAAUUCAUGGAGUUUGCACAAUAGCAGAAGAAGAAGGUGUUGCUGCAUUGUGGAAUGGUGUUCAGACUUCAUUUAUACUUUCUGGAAACCCAGCCAUUCAUUUCAUGGUUUACGAAGCUUUAAAGCGUGUUUUAUUACGUUCCAAAAUCAGAAGUGGAAAAAAUUUGCAACUAUCUUCACUUGAAUCAUUUCUGCUGGGAGGUUUUGCAAAGGCUGUCGCUACAGUUUUAACAUAUCCAUUGCAAUUAGUACAGUGCAGACAAAGGGCUUACAGAAGCAAUGGAAGCAAUCUCUCUGUAAGUCAAAUCAUUGCACAUGUCUUAAGGAACUCAGGUUUGUGGGGUUUAUUUAAAGGCAUGGAAACCAAGUUGGUACAAACAGUGUUAACUGCUGCUUUGAUGUUUUUGACCUACGAAAAAAUAGUUUCACUUAUCUAUAUGCUGUUGAGCUCUAAAAAAAGUAAAUACCGUUUGAACAAAUAGUACUUUUAAUAAAAUAAUUUCAAGUAUAGAAAAAACUUUAUUCAAUCGGAAUACCAAAAAUAUACGGAGAACAAUAUUUUAAAAUUUUCUAAAAUAUUUUUGAUGAUCGUCUAUUGUUUUUACUAAUAAUUAACAUUUUGUUAAAAGUUUUUUAAUUUUUUAAAUAUAUUUCAAU